ACACAUUUUUCAUGCAUUUUUGCAUGUUUGACAUCCAUUUCUCUCUCUCUUGAUAUAAAGAAAAGAGAGAGAAAGAGAGAUUCAUGCAAAAUUGAUUUGUGAGAACUCACAUUGAUUUUGGAUAAAAGAAAAUUUAUUUUUUUUAAAAAUGGAUGUGGAAGAACCAUUGUUGAGAAAUAUCAAUAUAACAAAGCGUCGAAAUUCAGUUAAUUCUAUGAGAUGUGAUUUCUUCUCAAAAUUACCAAAAAAGGUUAAGACAUGGCUUGAUCCUGAAGUCCCUUUUCUUUUGGACUUGUCUAAAGCCACUGAUUUAAUUGAAGGAGAGAAAGAAUAUUAUGAAAGACAAAUUGCUACUCUCCAGUCCUUUGAGGAAGUUGAUUCACUUAAUUCAAUCAAUGCCAUUGAUGAAGAGCAAGACCUACUAGAGCAAAUACAACAUGAAAGAGCAAUGCAUAUUUCUAAUUGGGCAAAUGUCUUAUUACUUGCUUUUAAGAUAUAUGCUACAGUAAAAAGUGGUUCUUUAGCAAUUGCAGCAUCGACAUUAGAUUCAUUACUUGAUCUGAUGGCUGGUGGUAUUCUUUGGUUCACACACCUAUCAAUGAAGAGUAUAAACAUUUACAAGUACCCUAUAGGAAAAUUAAGAGUUCAACCUGUAGGGAUUAUCAUCUUUGCAGCUGUUAUGGCAACUCUUGGCUUUCAAGUCUUAGUGCAAGCUUUGGAACAAUUAAUAAAAGAUACACCUUUAGACAAGAUGACCGAGGAGCAAUUGUGUUGGCUAUAUGCAAUUAUGCUAACGGCUACUGGAGUAAAAUUUGUCUUGUGGAUUUAUUGCAGAAGUUCGGGGAACAAGAUAGUUAGAGCAUAUGCAAAGGAUCACUACUUUGAUGUAGUCACAAAUGUUGUUGGUUUGGUUGCUGCUGUUCUCGGUGACCGAUUCUAUUGGUGGAUUGAUCCUGUUGGUGCUAUUGUUCUUGCUGUAUAUACAAUUACAAAUUGGUCUGGAACUGUGUUGGAAAAUGCAGUUUCUCUAGUUGGACAAUCAGCCCCUCCUGAAUUUUUGCAGAAACUUACAUAUCUAGUCCUAAGGCAUGAUCCUCAAAUAAAAAGAGUUGAUACUGUUAGAGCCUACACUUUUGGAGUUCUUUACUUUGUUGAGGUUGACAUAGAGCUUCCAGAAGACUUGCCAUUGAAAGAAGCUCAUGCCAUUGGAGAGUCACUUCAGAUAAAGAUUGAAGAACUAUCAGAAGUUGAACGUGCUUUUGUUCAUCUUGAUUAUGAAUGUGAUCAUAAACCUGAACACUCUAUUUUGAGUAGAAUACCCAACAGUCCACCUUAAGUAAUGUAAUAUUAAGAGCUCAUUUUUCUAUGUGAAGAGUGAGACUUGAGAUUUUGAUAGGUUUAUACAAAAGAAUGUCAUUUCCCUUUUUAGAUUUC